CCUGUUCGGCAUUGCAUUUCUGUUCGAUCUUCAACCGUGUGAGUAUAAUAACAUGUUGUUGUAAUUUGUACGUUGUUUCGAUUCGUUUUCGGCUUUAUUAACAAUAACUUAAAUGUGUGUUUUAAAUGUAUUUCUUGUCGUGCAAAAGGUUUAAAGAUUAAACAAAAUCAGUGAAAUACUAUAAAUGAAGAAUUGUUUGUGUAAAAUUAGAAUCAAAGUGAAGAAAAAAUGUGUGGGUUUUGAAAGGAAGUUCAAGUCGAGUCGACUUCUCCAAAAACUGAAGAUUAAUUGAUUUUUCAACCAUUGGCGUAUAUGAGAGUGUUUGUGUGCGCAAAAUACAGCUGCUGCAAAUUCGUAGGCUGUAUAUAGUAGAAAUUAGAAACAUAACGACACCACAGCCGGCGUAAAGCAUACGAGUAAAUAGCAUAAAAACGCCACAUCAAUAACAAUAACAACAAUAUCAACUGCAGCAAUUACUCCAGCUUGGGGACCCCCUGACAUUUCAGUAUUUUCGUAGACUUUUGCGUAUACACGGUGCAUUGGAUAAUUUUUUCUGUACCACACUAUAUAUAUAAAUACGUACAUACAUAUUAUAUAUGCACAUACAUACAUCAGCACUAGUGGCAUUACCUACAGCAACAACGGUAAACAACCUCAACUACAGCUGAAGAAUCGCUAGGCUUAUGGAUUUUUUGCGGAUUUUGCGGAAUAUGUAUGAAUAAAUGCACAGCCAUUUUUUGCUUAACGGCAACGCUUACUCGCCAUAAUUAGAGCAACAUGUCCGCCAUAUUAUUUUCUCAGGACUGUGAGCAGAAAAAUCAAAAUAUAGAAGAACUAGAAACGCAACUGGAUAAUCACACGUUUAGUGAGGAUUCUUGUAAUGGGUUUUGUGCACAAUCGCCGCAAAGUAUGCAAAGAACUUCAAGUACUGAACUCGAAUUGAAAGACUCCCCAAAUGCCCCAUUCGCUGCCAUGCCAAAACAAAUGGAAUAUAAUUGUGAUGAUAGCCUAUUAAGCAAUAAAAUGGCAGCAUUAGAAAUAAAUGAGGGCGACAGUGGCCAUUGUGAUGGGGGCAGUGAUAGUGGCCUUGACACAGCAACCUCGAAACCCACGACGGUAGUCAUUGCUGCCAGCGAUAUUCAUUGUAAUGACAACAAUUGUGCCGCUACUCAAAGUAAUACAUUGCAGCGUGCUUUGAGCAGUACCAGCGGAGGUUAUGCCAGCAGCACGGGUGGUUUAAACGAUGCCAAUAAUGAUGUGACGGCGACAGCAGCAAGUUCGGAUCGUACAGCGGGUACUCCAGCAACUCAUGGUUUUAAUAUGUCCGGCAACUUAAGUUUGCAUAGCUGUGGCUCGGAAGCGGUAAGCGCUGAACUGUCGACAAACACAACGAAUGGUGGUGCAUCGUCGGCGACGCAGAGUUUUGAGUGCUACAGCGAGAAUGGCAGCGAGAAUUCAUCAAUGCUCGGUGGUGGUACUGUUGCAACAACACCAGUACGACGUUCGAAUAGUGUAAAGACUAAAAUGCGUGCCUUCGAGGCUGGUCGUAGUGUCUAUUCUACGCCAAUGGCACGCAGUGUGAGAGAACGUGAUUGCAGCAGCACUCCAAUAUCCACUCCUACUAAUAUGCUGAGUAGUAGCGCCACAGCGUCACGAACGCGUCCAGUUGGCGUUAAGCGCACUUCAUCUUUGUCGCGUCACGUACCUCCAACGACACUACAACGUCAGGCUGACAAACAACAAUUGCUCAAUACAACCAAUAACACUUUAAUGCCAGCGCCUACAUCAACGGUGCGCUCCACGCCGAGCACGCGCGCAACAAAACCACAGAAGCCAGAUUCCUUGCCGAAUACGCUCAGUCGUACUCAGUCCAUGAGCAUGCAGCGUCUCGUACAACGAACACCAUCGUUGAGUCGAGCUCGCACACCAUGUACACCCUCAGAAGAUGGUCGUUGGCCAGGCAGUUCCCGUGCCUCCGCUACAAUGAUGGGCGCGACUAAGCGGGGCGUAUCGGUCACACCAGACUUGAUGUCACUGAAAAUGCGUUCGUCAAAUAUGAUGACGUCCAUGGAGGUGAGGUCUACUAACUCCAAUACCAAUUCAAAUCCAUAUGGCACAUUACCGCGGCGGCGAAAGCAAAAGUCUGUUGAAGAUUUGACAGUAACGCCUGAUUCGCGUAGUAGUUCUAUAACACGUGAUAGACGCAUGACCACUUCGGUAAUGGCUAGCACGCGGCGGAGUUUAGUUAGUGCAUUUGGCGCAUCUACACCACAAAGCAGCCAAUCGCGUUCACUUACGCAGCCGCGAAAAGUUGCAGCACAGACGCCUAAAACCCGCAUAUACCAUGAGACGAGCGUACAAACGGCGAUCACUGGUGACGACUUGGAGAACAUGUUCGCCGGUCGUACGCCAACAGCACGUGCCGUAGACGCUGUCGAACAGCAUGAACGGACCACACAGACUGAUAUACGCGACGCUGAAUUGGAGCGUUUACGCGAUGAAGUGCGUCAAUUAGCGCAGCGUGAACAUGAACUUAGCACUAAGCUGCAACGGGAACGUGAGGAAAAGUUGGCCACACAGCGCGAAUUACAUUUAAAUACUGAGCGUGUUAUGAGCAUGCUGGAGAUGGCACGGAUAACUGGUCGCAAAUGCGGACGCACUGGCGGCAGCGUGAGCGGCAUUAGUAUUGAUGGAGAUGCCACUACGCCAACAUCCGAUGAGGGCAGCGGCAGUGGACAUGACAGCUUACUUAUGUUGGAAUCACAAAUCCAAAUGAGUGGUCAUGAAUUGAUAGAGCGUCAACAUGAGAUUGGUCAGUUGCGACAGCUUUGCCGAACAUUGCAAAUGGAGAUGGAGCGUUCUUUGGCGGCACAAGAAUGUCUGUUGCAAGAGAAGGCUGCCAUCGAGCAGGAAUCCAGCGAAUUACAGGACUUUUUGCAACAUGAAAAAUCAGCUUUAUGUGAUGCAUUGAAAGAGUUGGAAACUGAGCAUCAAACGUGUAAACAACAGCUUGCCGGCCGUGAGGAAGAGGUGAAGGUUUUGCGCGAUGAAUGCCGCCACUUAGUGCGACUUAAUGAGCAACGAAGACAAGAGAAUCGAAUGCUACAGUCUAAAUACGCAGCGCUGGAGAAUAAAUCCAAGGAAAUAAUGAUGCAGCAGAACUAUUCCGUAUCUGGCGCCUCCGCUGCAUUGUCGGGCUUACACUCGCGUUUGGACAGUUUAGUUGAGCAAUUAGUCUCAACGUACAAUAUAACGGAACAUGAUCUAGAGGACAUGGGCUUUCAACCCGAAACGCAACAGAAUCACAGCAAUGCAGUGGAAGUACGCUCAACACAUAAUUCGGAUGAAUAUCUUGGUCGUUUGCCAUCGAACGUCAAUGCAAAUGGAUUGGAAUUGUGUACACAUUCGCAAAAGUUUUUACCGCAGCCGAGUGAUGGCUCGCUGUCGCCACAACGAAAUCAAUCAUUCAUUGCUGCCGUUAUAAGUGCCAUACGUAAUGCAACAACGCCGUCGAGUAAGAAACUAUUGGCGCGAAAUAAUGGUAAACGAAUUAGUAUUGACAAUGUUGGCGCGGUUGAGCUACAAAACGGACAAGGUUCAAUAAAAAUGAAUAACAACUAUAAUGGUGAAACUCAGAAUGGCGGCGGUGGUGAGUAUGACUCGGAUUCCACUGAAAUGCUCGAUUCCGAAACAGAGCCUUGUCUAAUGAUGGAUAAUGUGCUAGAAGAUGUGACAAUGCCCGAUUCUCAUUCACACAAUAUGGUCUCAUCAUGUACUGGCAUCAUUUCACAAUUGGAAAUACCAACUGAGUUAGUUAUUCCUGCGUCUGGCGAUGAAUCACUGCAUAACCUAUCGCAAGCCAUUGUAAAUCGCCAACAAAUGGAAUUACAAAUUAGCAAUAUGCAAAGUGUACAAAAAGCAACAAUGCAGUUGAACCAAUGUGAACGUGAUAAUUCAGACGAUGUUAGUUGCCAUGAUUCGGUUGCUGAGAUGCCUUCUCUCAUGGAGUAUUGUACCGCACAAGCAGUGGUUGAUCAGGUUAUAGAAGUCGAUUGCUUAGUGACGAAAUUGCUCAAAGUCCUGCGUCUCAUACAAAUGGAUAACGAUAAUUGUAUACAACAACUUAUUGUUGAUAAAAACAAAUUACAAGAAAAUAAGGAGGAUAUGCUGGAAAAACUCAAAGAUUUGCAAGAUGUCAAUAUAAAGUUACAAGACGAGCUAAUGGAUGCCACGCAAGAGCUAAUGCUAAAGAACACCGAUUUAUCAAAUACGAAAGCUGAAAUGCAGCGACACCGUAAUGAAAUCGAUCGUUUAACGCAGGACAUUUGCAAUCUAAGUACGCUCUGCAGCAAUUACAAGAAACUCUCGCCAACUGUUGAGUUUUCACCUUUGCAACAACAACUACUCCACUCCGCGUACACAGCGGCAGAAGGUGAAAUAAACGGUAAAGGCGCAGAAAAUGAUGCUGAAAGUAUUUUAAAUUUACUAAAAAUGUGGCAGACAGAAGGACAAUUCAAACACCUCAAAAUUCGUAACUUCCUUGGCGUUCUUAUGAAAACUCAGGAUUGUAUGCCGGCACAACAGCAGCAGGACAACAGCAACAAUGAGCGGCUGCGGGUAUACGCCAAUCAAUUGGAGAAUGUCUUAUCCGUGCUACAGGCGUGUCAUGAAACGAGUCUAAAUUAUGCCGACAUAAAAAAGCUGCGCUAUGACAUUGAAGUAGUCAAGGCGAAUGCAAAUUGGUCGAGCAUAAUUGUUGAUGGCGGUGCAGCGGAAGUAAAUUGUAAUGCCACCAACAAACCGUCGCUAGCUUCGAAUAACAUUGAUGAUGAGGAUGUAAAUGCCAAUGCGACUAAGGAUAUGGAGAAAGAAGUCAAUUGAUAAGACGUAUUAGAAAAAUAAAAAUGGUUGGUUUCCUAUAAACUGUGUACUCGUAUGCGCAAAACAGAAUUCGGUGAAUAUCGUUCCACACGCCAUCCAUAAAAUGUCCAUUUAUAUUUAUUAAAUAAUUAGUAUUAUUAGUAUUAAUUAUUGCGAAUUAGGAGUUACGUUUAAUAGGCCUGAUGAGCAAGCGAUGCCAAUACAUUUAUACAUUAAUAUAUAUAUGCAUAUGUAGCAGGUAUUUUUUGCUAUUAAAAUUUAAAAAUUAUUUGCUUGGCUGCGUUAAAGUGUUGUACAAGGAACAUUGUACCAUAUUCGUAUAAGUAGUUAUGUAUGGAUAUAUGAACUAAAGAGCAAAUAUCGUUACUGAAAAUUGGUAUAAGAUUGUUGCAAAAAAGCAAAAAAAAGUAACAAAAACAAGGAAUCCGGUUUUUCAGAUUCAUUAAUGACUGCGUUUUCGCUGAGUUUUCAUAAUGCGCUUGUGCCCUAAGAUGUGAAUUUAGUCUCAUCUUAUAAGAGCGCCGUUCUUUUGUUUUUAUUAUUGCUUUGAAGAGAGCAGAAAACAAAUAGAAAGAGGAGAACAAACUAUGAGAAGCUUGUACUUCGGCAUACAACUUUAAACUAGUUCUCCAUAAUAAUUUGGAUCCUUUUACUUAGUUAAAUAAGUCAAAAUGUAGUUCGCAAAAUUUUUAUUGUGCAAUCCAAACACAAAUACAAAUUUCAUAUGGUGAAAAAUGUACGAAACCUAUAUACGUAUAUAUGUAAGCAUAUGUAGCAUACUUUUCUUACAUCCAUAUAUCUCACCUGUAGAUCUCAUUUUAAAACUGUAGUUUUCUUUUUAUAUGUUUUAACGGUAUGAAAAACUCUAAGAAGGUGAAUAUAAUACAAUAGUUAUAAAAUAAAAUUUUAAAUUUUAGAUACAUUUGCAAAA